AUGAAUAACAGGGUAAAACCUAUUUCCCUUUCGAAAAAAAUUCAAGGCACGAACUCUAUGAAGGAAAUUGUGAAGCAAAAUCAAUUUUUAAGUUUAUUGAAUUACUCUAGCAUUUUAAUGCCUUAAAGUCCCCCUUCACUUGAGGUUCAGCUAAAUUAACAGCUCUGAACAACGGUAGGUGAACCGGCCUAGCCAUCGAACCGUUAAAGUUAAUAAGCCCAUUUAGACUUCUCUAGUCAGUGCCAGCCUCAGCACCGACCCUUCUCUUCAAGCCGAGAGUCUCAAGAAGAUUGACUUCUCUCACUAAGCUCGGUUUAUAAAGUCCAUCCUGAUUUUGUCAGGAGCUAGGGCUUAUCCCUAACUGACAUUUUUAAUAUUGUGAAAUCAAUUCACGAAUGAACUAUUAAGAAUUUGUAUCUCUAGAGCUGAAGAGCUAGCAAUUAUAAAAGCAAUCUCUGAGCGAAAAUCCGGGAAACUAAGAAUGCAGAUCAAACUCGCUGAAAAAACACUUUUAGAAGCUGAAUAUAAAGAGGAGUGAAGAUUAACAAAAGAAGACAGCAUUUUGGCAAUGCUUGCCUUUACAAAGUUUGAAGCUCAACCAAGCAAGAAGCAGCUGGAAAAAAUUUCAAGAAAAAUGAUGAGGAUAAAUAUGCAGUUUGAAGAUGAUAUAACUGAAAGCGAAAAAAAUUUAUCUGAAAUUCAUGUAAACUCUUUAAUGAACACAAAAAUCUGUGCAGAAAAUACUUAUUUCUCGUAUGAUGACAAUGGGGAAACCUUAGUAACUGUACCUCAAGGCAAUAUUAAUGUAAUUUCUUUAAAAGAGCAAUAUUCUAAGGUUAUGAAAAUAUUGGAAUCUUGCUUAUAUGGUGACAAUAUAAACGUUUACAAUUUAUUCAGCCAUUGUGUAAAUUAUGGACGACAAAUUUUUGAUUGCGAAGUCAAACGUCAAAAAAUUACAAUUGAGCAAGGCAUGACUGGGACGGUUCCGCUAUCAGUUUUUAUUACAUCCAAAUCUAAUUCAAAUCUCAAUAACACCAAAAAAAUGCUUUCUCCUAUAAGAAAACAGCCCCAGCUUCCUGAAUGUAACUGGACGAAUUCUAUGUUUAAAAUGAUGAUGGACCAGAAUGCUGAAAUAAGCAAAGGUAUAAAAAAUUUUAUAUCUGAAUAUAACUUAAGGCACUCUUCUGGCUCAUUAUCAAAGGAUUUUGACAGCCAAGAAGAUAAAUCCAUUUAUAAAGCCCAAAGAGCCAAAACUUAUGAAGAAAGACCGCCUGUAAACCCUGGAAAGUGUGAAACUUAUCCAAGUAUAAUUAUAUCAUCUAGGAAUAGGAGUAAGCAGUCAAAGAAUUUAUUUAUGACGUGCCACCAAUAUUUUGAAGAAUCGAGCACUUUGGAACAAAGAAUUAAUUUGAUACACUCAUGCAUUUUGAUACAAAGAUCAUUUAGAAAUUACAAAGAGAGAGUGUAUACAAGCGCUAUUAUAAUUAUACAGAAAAAUGUGAGGAUGUUUUUAACCAAAAAAAAGCUGUUUUUAGAAAAAAUUUCUAAAUUCAGGAGAAUUUAUUUUUGAGAAAGGUUAAAGCAUUGAUAUCCUUUAUUAGUAAACAAGAUAAGAGAAAGAAAAUCACAAAGACCACUAAAAGAUUAUAGUCCUUAUGCUUAUCAUAUUCUUACAAUUCAACGCAUUUCCCGUGGCUAUAUUGAAAGAAAGUUAAAAUUACCUUGAAAAAUUAGAUUUAAAUUUUUAUUAGACCGAAAAAUAAAUUUUAUCAAUUACACAAGGAAGCAAGCGAUGUGAAGAAGCUGCUUUAAAGAUGAAGAAGAGCUAUUUUCAAGCACUCAAAAUAUCAACGAAUCUAUGAAUCCUUACAAAGCCCAACUUGAUGAUAGAACAAAUAAAAAAGACGAAAAAGAACUCAUAGAAGUGAUACACAAUUUUGAGAAAACUAAAAUGGAAAGCAGGAAGCGAUCGUUAAUGAAAGCAAGAAGCAAGAGGAUCAUGCUAAUCGAUUAA